AGGAAUUCAUUCUGUGGGACUUCCCUGGAGGUCCAGUGGUUAAGACUGUGCCCUUCCAAUACAGGAGGUGUGGGUUUGAUCCCUGGUUGGGGAACUAAGAUGCCACAUGCCGUUUGCCACGGCAAAAAAAAAAAAAAGAAAAAAGAAUUCAUUGUUGAAAUCUGACCUCACACAAUUUGUGGAAGGAGCCGGGCAACUGAACAUCUGGGAAAGGAAGCUGGAAGGACCAGAGGAGUCCGUAGCCAGUCUGAGAAGCCAAGGCUAUCCAGCCACUGAAGUAGGACCACAGAAGGCAUGCUGCUGGAGGAAUCCGGAGGGAGUAUUUGCUUUGGGGGUCCACUUGCUGGUGGAUCUGGGGCUGCUGUGGGCAACGUAGAGGGAGUGAGGAGAAGCUGGACCUGCUAGGCACCUCUGCAUCUGGGGUCAUCUCAUUGAACCAUGGCAGCGUUCAGAUGUACUGCCCCCAAAUUCCUUUCUUGCAAGUCUAACCUGGAACCACACAGGGAAAAGGAUUCUGGAAAACAUAGUUUCUAGCCUAACCAAGUUAAUGGUGGGAGAUGAUUCUGGAGGAAAGGUGGUGAGUUCCAUUUUGGACAUGUUAAUUUGGGGUUGACUGGAAUCGUGCUCGUGGUGAUGUCCAGUAAGUAGUCGGGCUUGUCCAAUCUUCUUCAAUAUGCAAACAAGCUGUUCUAAGACUCUAGUUCUAAUACAGGCCUGGGGUGAGAAAGUGGAAGGCCGCUGUGGAUUAAGAACCUAGGAACUAAAGAUAUCGACCAGGAAUAAAGUUAGCCUCAAGAAAUACAGUGCAAAAGCCAAAAGCCUGUACCUUUCAAGCAGUGACUUGGGGCGGCAGGAUGGGAGUGGGGAUGGCGAGACUCUCCAGGGCAGGUAGGAAGGGGUGCUGGAGAGAUGGCUUGAGACACCUUACCCCUGAGUGGGAAGACAACUGUACAUUAAUUGAGAGUCACUCUUUUCUUUUCUUUUCUUUUUCUUUUUGUGGUACACGGACUCUCACUGUUGUGGCCUCUCCCGUCGCGGAGCACAGGCUCCGGAUGCGCAGGCUCAGUGGCCAUGGCUCACGGGCCCCACCGCUCCACAGCAUGUGGGAUCUUCCCGGACCGGGGCAUGAACCCGUGUCCUCUGCAUCGGCAGGCGGACUCUCAACCACUGCGCCACCAGGGAAGCCCACUCUUUUCAUUUUUUAAGUCUUAUUAUGCAGGCAUAAGGCAGUCUAUUCAAUGAAUGAUCCUUAUUUCAGAAAUUUCAAAGACAAGUUUGUUACUUAACACAAUUUGUGACCUUAUUGCUUCACAGUUCUUCAGAAUCAUAGAGUGAGUUCUGACUGAGGUUCCAGGUGAUGUAGUAAACAUUCCAAGCAGAGAGGUCCAUCAGCAAGUCAGGGGACCCUCCCACCGGCAUCACCACCAUCACCACUAUCACCCACCCCUCCACUCCUACCACUGCCAGCACUAGCCAGGUUGGAGGAACAGAGGCUGGGAAAGGUGGUAAAGAGAGGGCAAAGGAUGGUGGCAAUCCCAAAGGAACAUGGAAGUUAAUAGCGCUUUCAGAGUGUUUUGGAAAUCAAGGCAAUUGUACACAAGAAAACUGACAUAUGAUUCAGAUGAGGGAGUCCCACUUACCUGGAGAAGAAAGCAUUUUAAAAGGAAAAAGAAGAGCCAUCACGAAGUGCAGGUCUACAAUGAGAUGAUCACGUUUCCCUGUUCCAUAUGCAAGCAUGAAAUUGACCUACCUGGAAUAUUCCUCCAUAAAAAGCAGCAUGUAGCUCUGGCUACAUUGGGCUUUCAGUGGAUGGGUGGGGAGAAACCAGGGCUCUCAGCGAUUGCUGAUCAGAGGCAGUCCGUCAUUGCUAAACUAUUGUCAUCGUUUGCAUUUACUGAAAAAAUCUUACAGGGCAUUAAUAAUGCUUUUGAGCUCCUUUGCAAGAAACAAAUACCAGCACACUAUAAGAUUAUUGAUAACAUUCCCAAGAGUUCAAUAUAUCCUCAAAAAAUCUGUCACCUAUUAAUUAAAGGAGCAGCCAUUUGCGAAGACAGGAAUUCUACGUGGAGAGUUGACAUGAAUGAUAAAUUCACUGUCGUGAAUAAUUUUGGCAACAAACCCAAUGUGUGUUUUUUUGGUUUGUUUGAUGGACAUCACGGUGCCUCGGCAGCAGACUUGACAUCAGUGGAACUCCCAGUUUUACUUCUCCACCAACUUUCCAGACUUGAUCCUUCCUACCAAAUGACCCCUGAAGAGCAAACAGUAAUCAAUUCUUUUCACACAGUGUUUAGAGAAGACUACAGAGCUAUAGAAGACACCUUCUCCUCCAUAAAGAAAAAGACGAAAGCAUUGAAAAGUGAGUAUGAGAACAUACACAAAGCCUUUGCAAAAGCAUUUUGGAGAAUGGACAGGCUUUUACGUCUUGGAAGGAAAGAAGUGUCCAGGGCUCGAUGGAGCGGCUGUUCUGCAGUUACUUGCAUAUUGGAAGGCAACAUUGAAAGUCCCAAAGCUAAGAAGUCUUCGAGAAGAUUCAAUGACCUUGAUGCUUCUUUGGUCCCUUUCCAGGAGACGCCGAAAAUAAUUUCUGGAGUGCUACAUAUUGCAAACACUGGUAAUGUGCAAGCAGUCUUAUGCAGAAAUGGGAAAGGCUUCUGCCUAACCAAAGAACAUACUACACGAAACACAGAUGAAAGAAGAAGAGUACUUCAGAAUGGAGCAAUAAUUAGUUCACAUGAACCAUACGGGCUCCUACAAGGGCAAAUAAAAACCACACGAGGACUUGGAUUUCAUGGAAAUCUCAAACUGAAAAAAUUCAUUAUUCCAGCACCUCAAACUAUUUCUGUGCCUAUAGAUGACUUAUGUCAAUUCCUUAUCUUAGCUACUAAUGGACUCUGGGAAGUUCUGGAUACAAAGGAAGUCACUGCACUGACAAUGACAGCUUUUCAAGUAUAUAAAGAAGCACAGUGUUCUAUCACAGGAAACAAAUUGUCACCAUCCAAAGGGUCUCUGCUUUUCCCAAUCAAUGAACAAAACACAUCUAAACCAGAAACUAACAUCCACAUAGUGUUUCAGAGCAAAUCUGAAGAAAAUGUGUCAACUACAAAUUCAAGAGAAAAUUUGUCAGAUUCAAAAUAUUCUAUUCAUAACCUUAAAAAUAUAGGAACAUUUCCACCAAAAAUGACUAAGCAUGAUCCUUGCAGUGAGAAAGAAACUGAUGGACCAACCAGUGUAGAUGGUGUGCCAAAAGACUCAAGUGAAAAAGAGAAAGGAUCAUGCACUAAGAGUUUCUAUGGAGGUGCUGCUGAGUAUAUCAGCCGUGAACUUGUAAGUGCUGCUUUGGCGGCUGGCUCCAGAGACAACAUUACAGUCAUGGUCACACUUUUCAAUGGAAGCGAGUAUCUCCAGAGAGCAAAAACAUGAAGACAAUUCUUCAGUGAACCAGAUGCUAGGAUAACAUCAACACCACACAAAUCAUUUUUAAGAAUGUAGUAAAGGAAAUAUAAAAGCAGACUGUGGGUUAUACAGUACCAUUUAUAUAUGUUCACUGUUUCAUGCCAAAAAAGAGAAAAACCAGUACCUGCUUUUUGUACCACUUUAUUCCAACCUGAGCACCUCAAUAUAAAACUAAACACUGGUGAACUGUUUUCCUUACUAAUUUUGAAUUACUGUAAAUGUACAAGUUCUGCUAGCAGUUCAACAUUUAAAUAGAUUAAAUCAUCUCUGACACAUGGUAGAUUUCAUAUAAUGAAAAUACCUAAAACAAUUAGUGCAAUAUACUGAACUGAUCAAAAUAAAAUGAACUUUGGAAAACAAGGCUGCAAGAUUGUUACUAACAUAUCCAAUACUUAUGUUACAAAUUACUGGUACAUUGUUUAUUAUGGUUCUAGCCAGGUAGGAACAAUUCAAGCCCCUUCCUUUCAAAGGGGGAGAGAAGGAAAAAAUUAGCUGUUUUAGUAACUGUACAUUUUGUAUACUUUUAAGCAACUCUUAAAUAUUACAGAAAAGUAAUAAACAUAUAUGGAGACUACAACGCAGUACCCUAUUUACAGUACAGCUGAAGAUCGAAUUUGAAAUAAUCAAGUUUGAAUGUACAUAAUUGUUAGUGCAUUGACUAUUUCUAUGUCCAAAGGGCACAAAAGCCCCUCCCUACUCCCAAAAAACAAAA